CAUGCAGUAGCCUCAUUGACUAUUUAUACAGGGAAGUGGACCAAGAGAGCUAAACCAAAGAUGGCUGGAACUGGACAUGUUGGCGUUGUUGAAGAUGAGGAAAAUGUCUACACCGGAACUAGAGUCCGUCCCUUUGCCUCCACACCAAGAGUAGAGCAACGAAGAGUAGAGGAAGAGAAGAAGCAAAAUCCCACUACCUUGAAGAUGACUUUUUCCCUCAAAGAGCUCUUCUCUUUGGAGGUUUGGAGAGCAUCUUUGGCAGAGCUCCUCGGUACAGCAGUGUUAGUCUUUGUAAUGGACACCAUUGUCAUCUCCUCCUACGAGACAGAAACAAAAACACCCCACCUUAUAAUGUCGUUUCUUAUUGCUGUCACUAUCACAAUUCUCCUCCUAGCUACGUUUCCCAUUUCAGGUGGCCACAUCAACCCGGUUAUCAGCCUUGCCGCGGCACUUACCGGCAUUAUUUCCCUACCACGCGCCGCCGUGUACAUUUUGGCUCAAUGCGUCGGCGGCGUUCUAGGUGCACUAGCAUUACAAGCUGUGGUAAACAGCGAAAUCGAGCAAACAUUUUCGCUCGGAGGCUGCACGCUCACAAUCGUUGUGCCAAGUGCAAAUGGGCCGGUUGUGAUCGGCCUUAAGACGAGACAGGCCCUCUGGCUAGAGAUUUUCUGCACCUUUGUGUUCCUUUUUGCUUCGAUAUGGAUUGCUUUUGAUAAACGCCAAGCCAAGAACCUGGGCCGAGUCAUGGUUUGCUCUGUCAUCGGCAUAGUGGUGGGCCUUAUCGUGUUUAUAUCGACAACUGUAACCGCCACGAAGGGCUAUGCCGGUGUUGGGAUGAACCCAGCAAGAUGUUUGGGUCCGGCCCUGAUUAGAGGGGGUCACCUUUGGAGUGGGCAUUGGGUUUUUUGGGCCGGGCCUGCUAUUGCCUGUGUAGCAUUUGCCCUCUACACCAAGGUCAUUCCGAGUCAGCUUUUGCACAACUGAUCAAUGCUUGAAAGCACGAUCCCAUCCCAUGAAUUAUAUUUGUAGAGCUCUCAGUGCUCAUGUUAGGAAAAUAAUCUAAAUGAUUUAAGAAUGGAUGUUUAAUCAUUUAUUUAUGACUUUCAAGGAUGCUUUCUAUGAUUGUAUCAAAACUACGAAUGAACAUCUUUUUCCCAAAGAGGGAAGUGUGAA